UCCUGCUUUGAUGUGACAUGUGACUCCCCAGAAUACACCUUGCUUCUGUAGACCAGCUCCAACAGGAUUCCAUGGUAGCUGGGAUGUUAGGGCUCAGGACCCAGGAGGGAGAAGCAACUGCCAGGGGAAGUCUCUUCGUAGGCGGAGGUCAGGAGUCCAAGAGGAGUGAGCAGAGUCACAGAAGCCUCUUAAAGCCUCUUCUUCCCCCAUCCCAUCAACACAUCUGCUGCCCAAGAACUCCUUUGUGAUUGAAUUUAACCAGAGUUGAUUUCUGUUGCUUGAAACUCAGGACCUUGAUGCAGUGUGCAGGGUCUGGGCAAGUCUAGACUUGAAUGCAAACAGUUCUUAUUGCUAACUUACCACUAGUCACCACUAAUGAACAAAGACUAUGAACAGGAAAUUCAUAAAAGAAGAGAUACAGAUGGCCAAUGAAGAUAGGAAAAGAGUUCUGCCUGCUGGUAAUCAAAGUGAUGCAAACGAAAACAAAAAUGAUGCCUUUUCACCUACCAAAUUUGUCAAGAUUAAAAAGAAAGCAAAGAGCCAGCGUCAGCUGAUGUUCAUACCUGCACCUGCUCAGUAGCUUGCUAAUGUUCUGCCUGCUCCACACGCCAGGCCAGCCUCCACGGCGCAGCCAGGGAAGAAAAGUCAGAAGACCAGGAUCUCCAGGGCCUCAAGGACAAACCCCUCAAGUUUAAAAAGGUGAAGAAAGAUAAGAAAGAAGACAAAGAGGGCAAGCAUGAGCCAGUGCAGCCGUCAGCCCACCACUCUGCUGAGCCCGCAGAGGCAGGCAAAGCGGAGACAUCAGAAGGGUCGGGGUCUGCCCCGGCUGUGCCCGAAGCUUCUGCCUCCCCCAAACAGCGGCGCUCCAUCAUCCGUGACCGGGGACCUAUGUAUGAUGACCCCACCCUGCCUGAAGGCUGGACACGGAAGCUUAAGCAAAGGAAAUCUGGCCGCUCUGCUGGGAAGUAUGAUGUGUAUUUGAUCAAUCCCCAGGGAAAAGCCUUUCGCUCUAAAGUGGAGUUGAUUGCGUACUUCGAAAAGGUAGGCGACACAUCCCUGGACCCUAAUGAUUUUGACUUCACGGUAACUGGGAGAGGGAGCCCCUCCCGGCGAGAGCAGAAACCACCUAAGAAGCCCAAAUCUCCCAAAGCUCCAGGAACUGGCAGAGGCCGGGGACGCCCCAAAGGGAGCGGCACCACGAGACCCAAGGCGGCCACGUCAGAGGGUGUGCAGGUGAAAAGGGUCCUGGAGAAAAGUCCUGGGAAGCUCCUUGUCAAGAUGCCUUUUCAAACUUCGCCAGGGGGCAAGGCUGAGGGGGGUGGGGCCACCACAUCCACCCAGGUCAUGGUGAUCAAACGCCCUGGCAGGAAGCGAAAAGCUGAGGCCGACCCUCAGGCCAUUCCCAAGAAACGGGGCCGAAAGCCGGGGAGUGUGGUGGCAGCCGCUGCCGCCGAGGCCAAAAAGAAAGCCGUGAAGGAGUCUUCUAUCCGAUCUGUGCAGGAGACCGUACUCCCCAUCAAGAAGCGCAAGACCCGGGAGACGGUCAGCAUCGAGGUCAAGGAAGUGGUGAAGCCCCUACUGGUGUCCACCCUCGGUGAGAAGAGCGGGAAGGGACUGAAGACCUGUAAGAGCCCUGGGCGGAAAAGCAAGGAGAGCAGCCCCAAGGGGCGCAGUAGCAGUGCCUCCUCGCCCCCCAAGAAGGAGCACCACCACCAUCACCACCACUCAGAGUCCCCAAAGGCCCCCGUGCCGCUGCUCCCACCCCUGCCCCCACCUCCACCCGAGCCCGAGAGCUCCGAGGACCCCACCAGCCCCCCUGAGCCCCAGGACUUGAGCAGCAGUGUCUGCAAAGAGGAGAAGAUGCCCAGAGGAGGCUCACUGGAGAGCGACGGCUGCCCCAAGGAGCCAGCUAAGACUCAGCCCGCGGUCGCCACCGCCGCCACGGCCGCAGAAAAGUACAAACACCGAGGGGAGGGAGAGCGCAAAGACAUUGUUUCAUCCUCCAUGCCAAGGCCAAACAGAGAGGAGCCUGUGGACAGCCGGACGCCCGUGACCGAGAGAGUUAGCUGACUUUACACAGAGCGGAUUGCAAAGCAAACCAACAAGAAUAAAGGCAGCUGUUGUCUCUUCUCCUUAUGGGUAGGGCUCUGACAAAGCUUCCCGAUUAACUGAAAUAAAAAAUAUUUUUUUUUCUUUCAGUAAA